AUGGCUCAUAGUAACAUUAUUUGCACAGUUCUACUUGUGGUUAUUGGAAUUUUAGGGACUCAGGCCCAGCAACCAUGUCAGACUGUCAGCGGCAUGUCUAAUCUCAAUGCUACAGCGCUGACCGGAAUAUGGUAUGAAUCUGUACAAGCUCCCGCCUCAAAUGUCGGCUGUGUUAAAUUAAACGUGAGUCUGGCAAACAACAAUACCCAAUUGGUAGUCACCAAAUGGAAUUCAGUGUCCGCGACCUCCAACUAUAUGAGUCAGUUUACCAAUGCCACUGUAAAUGUCACCGAUGUGAAUGCCAACACCGGUUUCAAUUUCAACUAUACUUCCCCAAACACCAAAGCCACAAAUGCCACCUACAAGAUCCUAGAUACAGACUACAAAUCAUAUGUAACAUUCUGUAGCUACACCUCAGUAACUGAUCUAUCGACUUCAGUCGGUGGUAUUCUGACUAACAGCAGCACACCCAACAGCACAUGGAUCGGCCAGCUGGUCAAUAACACCGCCCCCACCCUUGCUAACUUCAACGUCAGCACUGCGGUCAAUGUAACCCAGUAUAACUGCUACACCAGCUCCGCUUCAACAUCAUUACCACUCCUGAGUACCAUAUUUGCCGUCUUCUAUUUGCUGCUUACGAUCUCCAACUGA